UGAGAGAGCGCGCGUUUUGAGCGGGGAAGAGAAAAGGCGCGCGCCUCGCGUCGUCUCCACACUGUCGCGUGAGAAGAGCUGACGGUUUGCGAAAUGUCUAAAAGGAAGAGGCAACAAUCUGCAGGCGGUAAGCGAAAAGGAACGACAAAGAAAAAGAAAGUAACACAGGAGGCGGCUUCGGGGACUGUGAACGAGGAGAGCGCCGCCUGUGGUCAGCAAGCGGAACUGCGCUGUGAGGAUGACCGCGCUGCCCCGAGCAGCGCAGAGGAGAGAGGAGUCGCAGGGAGCAGGUCAGAGAGUGAGGGGGGAGACGGCGCUCACAAACUCAGCCCUGGAGUGAAGGACUGCUUCCUACCGUUAGCCCAGAAUAUCCUCCCGGGCCGCUCCUCCACUGCGGGCUUAUCCUGCGAUGAUGAUGAGGAGGAUGAUGAUGAUGUCGCUCAGCCCAGCGCGCCGGAGGAUACCACUUCGGACCAGCACAGGGGGGUAGGGGAAGGGCCGGGGCAGGGAGACGCCACCCUCCACAGUCACGGGGGAGCGCAGGGGCCGAACCACAAAGCCAGCACUUCGGGAGAGCAGAGACAGGAGGCAGAUCCAGAGAGGCAGCAGCCCACUGUAACGGAGCAAGGGGGGGCAGGAGAGGGGGUGCAGGAGCACCUACCCCAUCCCGAGGGGUGCGGGACCCCUGGAUUAAAAGCCUCUCUGGGGUUGGAGGGUACAGAAACACAGGGCGGUGGUGUUGCUGGUAGUCCACAGGGAGAGCUAGCCUGUUUAUUAGGGAGCGCGGAGGCUGUGUUUACAGAGGGGGGGAAGCAGUCCAAGUCAGCCAAGCCGAAACACGUUGAGACUUACCCCGAGACACAAGCUGAAACAUCGGCCGAUCUGCAGGGAAAGGGGGUGGCGGAGCCUUGCAACGAAGCUGGGGCUCAGCCUGCACCCCCACAUUCCCACUGCGGAACCCCCGGAGAGCCCCCUGCCCUGCCAGCAGCAGCAGCCUCCGUUGCUGAGAGAGAAGAAUCUACGAGGCUCUGCAAAGGGGUGAUCCCCAGGCAGGGGCGAGGAGUCGCGAUGAAGAAGGGUUCGCAAGUUUUCCCGAAUCUGGGAUCCGGAACAACACCUCCGCCUCGUGCCUCUGCCGCCUCCUGGUCCCCUCGGAGCUGCGCGGAGCGAUCCCGGAUCCGGCUCGGGAAUGAGGAUGCAGAAUCGGCAGCAGGCAGGCAAAUCCCAGGCAGUGAGGAGGCGGGCCCUGAAAUGAACGAGAAGGAUUUCAUGAGAAAAACCCAGCAAAGCCAUUCACAGAGCAGAACCGAGACGGAAGAGUUAAAAGCAUCGCAGAGCUUCGGAGAGGGAGAGGGAAGCGACUGGGGACAAAUAAAGCUUUCAGAGAACAACAAACUAUCAACGUCAUCAUCCAGUGCAGCAGCAGCAGCAGCAGAAUCCAAACCAGCAGCCGUGUACGUGAACCCGUGCGUGCUGGAGGAGAGGGACUGGGAAUCCCGCUUCGCCGUGCUGGAGAUGGAAGACUCGAGCGACGCGGGGGCCGGGCAGCGCAAGGCUAAGGGGGCGGCACGGUCAAGGCGGUGCAAGCCUGCCACCAGUGCUGCUGCUGCUGCUGCUGCUGGGAAGAGGGAGGUGACGACCGCGCUAGUGUGCGCUGAGACAGCCUGCCCUGAUCUGACUCACACCGAGGCGGAGGGAAGUCUCCAGGGAGCAGGCGGACAGACAGACCCUGCCUCGGCCGCCCAGGAUCGAGAGGAGGGGGGACCCCACCCCAUUACCCCAGCUGCUGCCCGGGGAAGCCCCGAGUCUGAGAGAGAGGACACGGGGGCCACACAGAGCUGCGAGGAUCACAGCGAGUGGGACUCUGAGUUUCUGCAGAGCUGCUCCACGCAGCGCUUCCCUGACUCCUGCUCUCUCCUGGCUCCGCUCCCCGUCCUUGGGACAGAGUCCGGUGGUUCUGCCCUGGAGCUGCCUCUCUACAUCGGCUCCAUCUCGGACUCGCAGCUCCACGAGAUCACACUGGGGGAGGCGAUGCCCGAGCCCCGGUCCCAGUCUCUGCAGGACUACGAGGACGCCAGCGAGCUGGUGUGCGGACUCAUAGAGGAGCUCUCGCAGAUCAACCGGCUCAUCAUGCUGACUCACCGGGAGCUGCAGUCUGGAAGGAACCCCCGCAGAGCCAGGCUGGGCUGGAGGGGAGCUGCUCGCUACACCGCCAACCCCAAGGACCUGUAACCCCGCUGGGAGACACACCGCCAACCCCAAGGACCUGUAACCCCGCUGGAGACACACCGCCAACCCCAAGGACCUGUAACCCCGCUGGAGACACACCGCCAACCCCAAGGACCUGUAACCCCGCUGGGAGACACACCACCAACCCCAAGGACCUGUAACCCCGCUGGAGACACACCGCCAACCCCAGGGACCUGUAACCCCGCUGGGAGACACACCGCCAGAGCAGGGCCGGCUAACUCCAGUCCUGCAGGUUUUCAUUCCAACUUGAGCACUUGAGUUUCACUUCAUUCUUCUAACUUAUUUGUUCAAUCGGACAUCCUUGUGAGUGACUCUGCAGCAGCAGCAGUUGUUAUUUUUUUACGUUCUUAAAGUCUAAACGGUUUUAGAAAAUACUUUGAGUAUCUGGUUGUCUUUUAUAAAUGUUUUUUUUAUUUAUUAUUUAUUUAAUUGAUUGUUUUCA